AUGCUUUACGUACAGGUCAACUCAAUCACGCUCAAUCUGUGCCCCGUUUCGACUGCAGGCACUGUGUACGUGGAGCCGAACGAGGUCGUCGCAUUGACCGAUGACCUCCUUGAAAGUCAAAAGGAACUGAAGCUGCUGGUUCGCCGCAUUCUUGGGACAAUGUCCCUGGCGCUCUCCCAUGCGGCGAAGGACAUUCGGCGGUGCUUGGAGGCGGCGGCACGCAUUGACCUAGCGCGCGCGAGACUGUUUCUGGGCGAGGACAUGGAAGGAGAGGUGCCCAAUGUGGGAGAUGAUGGGAUCAUAGAGGUGAAGCAGGCAAGGAAUCCCUGCCUCAUACUGCGCGGUGGCAAGCGGGUCGUAGGUUAUCGCCUCGAGCUAGGGAAGUCCAGCCAGGGACUACUCCUUACAGGCCCGAAUGCUGGGGGCAAGACAGUCGUCCUGAAGACUUUGGGACUUCUCGCGCUGCUGGCACGCUGUGGCAUUCCGGUGCCAGCUGGAGAGUCUCCGCGAGUUGACUUCUUCGAGGUUGUCCUGGCAGAUGUGGGCGACAUGCAAACGAUUGUUGAUGACUUGUCAACUUACUCUGCACAUCUCGUAGCGUCCCGCAUCAUGCUGUCGAGUGUCCGGCAUGUCGGGCCACGAGCUAUGGUUCUGGUGGAUGAGGCCGGAACUGGAACGGAUCCCCAACAAGGGGCGGCUCUGGCCCGUGCCAUGCUGGAGGCAUUUCUGGAAUCAGGCGCUCGUGUUGUUGCGACAACGCACUGCGUUCAGCUCAAGAACUGGGCCACGGAGGAUGAGCGCACGAUGACUGCAGCCAUGGAGUACAGGAGCGGGCGGCCCACAUAUCGACUUGCCACGAACACCAUUGGAGAGUCUCAUGCAAUGGAGACUGCUGAGCGGCUUGGACUGCCUGCCCCGCUUGUGGCUCGUGCAGUGGAGCUGCUGGGUGAUGAUCAGAGGCAGCUACUGGCGUUGCAGCGCAAGGCCGCCAACGCAGAGAAGGACUUCGAGUCUGCACGAAUUGAUGCCGAGCAAAGAGAGGCUGCAGCAUCCACAGCAAUCAGAGAAGCGGACACGAAGGCAGCGGAGCUGUCUCGGCGAGAGCAGGAAGUGGCUGAAAUGGAGGCCAAGCUGCAGGCCAGAACUGUGGCUUUGCAGAGGCAGAUGCAAGCCGAGCUGCAGGCCCAGAUUGCCGUGAAGGAGAAGCAGUUUCAGGAUGUUGUCCAACGCCUGAAGCUGGAGACGCAGAAGCGAGGUUCUCGCUUCCGAAUAGUUGGUGAUGUGCUGGAGGAUCUGAAAGUCGAGGUAGAUCAGGAAGCAGAGGCGAAAUACCAAGCUCAAAGCCAUCUUCAGCCGGCUGUGCCUGGCGCGAUGGCCGCCCGAGAGAUCUUGAGCCCAGGUGAUUGGGUCGUGGUCCUCGCAAAACCCCCCUGGCAUGGCCUCAAGGGCCAAGUGGAAAGGAUUCACUUGGCCAACGGUGCGGCUCCUCGUGUUUCGGUCAGACUGGGUGCGAAUGGCAAAGUGAAGGAGUUCCUAAAGACUGAGCUUGGAAGGACAUCAAAGCCUGAAGGGGCACGGAAAAUCCCGAAGCCCAAGGGAGAGGCCGCCGCGCCCACUCGUGAUUACAGUGCGAUGGCCUUCUGA